AUCUCAAUUUUUUCAACACCAACGUCGCAAUCUCAUGUGCCCAAAUUAUUAAUUCCCUUCUCUGUUACGUUCCUUUCUCUACUCAGUGAUAUUUUCUAACAAACCCCACACGCCCUUAUAAAAGUAACUACGCGGGUACCCUCAAAUUCAGAAGAAUGCUCUACACACUCCCAUGUGAUAUCCACUCUUUCCCUUUCUGUUUCAUGUUUUUCGCUCUGCUACUGUAAAUGUUGCUAUGGUGAUGGAUUCCUGUUUCUGAACUCAAUCAAGUAAAGGUGACUGUGGCGUGUGUUGUAGUGCAAAAAAGUUUGCGGAAUCGUGUUCCUUGUUUGGUUUUAAAGAUAUCCCAACUCAUACACAAACUCGUUGAACACCUUGUCAUCCUAAGUUGCAUCACUUGAACUCGGGAUUUUGGUUGAAGGUGUGCAUUCUUUGAGCAGAAAGAAAUGACAACGCUGUCAGAUAUAGGGGUUGCAGCUGCCUUAAACAUUUCCAGUGCAUUUCUUUUCUUCGUGGCAUUUGCUAUUUUGAGGCUUCAACCUUUCAAUGAUCGUGUAUACUUCCCAAAAUGGUAUUUGAAGGGUUUAAGAACGGAUCCUGUACACGGAAGAGCGUUUGUGAGCAAAUUCAUCAAUUUAGAUUGGAGAGCUUAUCUUGGGUUUUUGAAUUGGAUGCCAGAAGCCCUUAGAAUGCCAGAACCUGAGCUUAUUGAUCAUGCUGGAUUGGACUCAGUUGUUUACUUGCGGAUUUACUUGAUAGGGCUUAAAAUCUUUGUUCCUAUAGCAUUCCUGGCUUGGACUGUUCUGGUUCCUGUCAAUUGGACAAGUACUGGUCUACAAGGAGCCCAAAUAAAAAACAUAACAUCCAGUGACAUUGAUAAACUCUCAGUCUCAAAUGUUCAUAGUCAAUCUGAAAGGUUUUGGGGACACAUAGUAAUGGCUUAUGCGUUUACCUUUUGGACUUGCUAUGUUUUGCUAAAGGACUAUGAGAAAGUUGCAUCAAUGAGACUCGACUUUCUUGCAGCAGAAAAACGUCGUCCUGAUCAAUUUACGGUACUUGUUAGAAACAUUCCACCAGACCCUGAUGAAUCUGUGAGUGAGCUCGUGGAGCACUUCUUUCUGGUCAAUCAUCCAGAUCACUAUCUUACUCACCAGGUUGUUUAUGAUGCAAACAAACUUGCAAAGUUGGUUAAAAAGAAAAAGAAGUUGAAGAAUUGGCUUGUCUACUAUCAAAAUAAAUUUGAAAGAACUUCUAAAAGACCUGAUAUGAAGACUGGUUUCCUUGGUCUUUGGGGAAAGAAAGUAGAUGCUAUUGAUUAUCACACCACUGAAAUUGACAAGUUGACAAAAGAAAUAGCCGUAGAGAGGGAGAAGGUCACAAAUGAUCCCAAGUCUAUCAUGCCUGCCGCAUUUGUUUCUUUUAAAACACGUUGGGGUGCUGCUGUUUGUGCACAAACUCAACAAACCAGAAAUCCAACACUUUGGUUGACUGAGUGGGCUCCAGAGCCACGAGAUGUAUAUUGGCAAAACUUGCCAAUUCCAUAUGUUUCCCUAACAGUCAGGAGAUUAAUCAUAGCUGUUGCAUUCUUUUUUCUCACUUUCUUUUUUAUGAUCCCCAUUGCAUUUGUUCAAACUCUAGCAAGUCUUGAUGGAAUCCAGAAAGCGGCACCAUGGCUGAAGCCUCUUGUUAGCAUCCCUUUCAUUAAGUCAUUCAUUCAAGGUUUUCUGCCCGGUAUUGUGUUGAAGCUAUUCCUUAUCUUUUUGCCAAUGAUAUUGAUGAUCAUGUCCAAAUUUGAAGGCUUUGAAUCUAUAUCAUCUCUGGAGAGAAGAUCAGCAUCUAGAUACUAUCUUUUCAGUUUUGUGAACAUAUUUCUAGGAAACAUACUUACUGGAACAGCAUUUCAACAGCUGAACUCUUUCAUUCACCAACCUGCCAACCAAUAUCCUAUAACAAUUGGCACUGCUAUUCCUUUAAAAGCAAGUUUCUUCAUAACUUAUAUAAUGGUUGACGGAUGGGCUAGUAUAGCUGCAGAGGUUUUGAUGUUGAAACCGCUUAUUGUUUAUCACUUGAAGAAUUUCUUUUUGGUGAAAACUGAAAAGGACAGAGAAGAAGCCAUGAAUCCUGGGAGUCUUGGUUUCAACACUGGAGAACCACGUAUACAAUUGUACUUUUUGUUGGGUCUAGUAUAUGCUGCCGUGACACCUGCUGUUCUUCCUUUCAUAAUAAUUUUCUUUGGCCUCGCCUAUGUUGUGUUCCGCCAUCAGAUCAUUAAUGUAUAUAAUCAGGAGUAUGAGAGUGGUGCAGCAUUCUGGCCUGAUGUCCAUUUCCGUAUUGUGUUGGCACUGAUAGUCUCACAGAUAGUUCUGAUGGGACUCCUCACCACCAAAAAAGCAGCUUCAUCAACUCCAUUUCUUAUUGUGCUCCCAAUACUAACCAUAGGGUUUCAUCGGUACUGCAAAGGCCGAUUUGAACCUGCAUUUGUUAAAUUUCCUUUGCAGGAAGCAAUGAUGAAAGAUACAUUAGAACGAGCAACAGAACCUAACCUGAACUUGAAAGGUUAUCUUCAGAGUGCCUAUGUUCAUCCAAUUUUUAAGGAUAGCAUGGAUGAUGAUGAAGAGGAAGAGAUAUUCAGUAUGGACUUGGAAACUGAAAGUGUGACUGUACCCACAAAACGUCAAUCCCGAAUGAAUACACCAUUACCCAGCAGAAUUAGCGGUGCAUCGUUUCCCUCUCUGCCUGACGAUACUCAAAAUCAUCAAGAGCCCUGAAGAAGAAUGAUAUCACUGUGUAUUUGACAUUUACAUCGAUUCUUUCCAGACAGACCAGGUGCAUCUUUGCACUCACCUAUAUUUGGUAGCUUUUUGAGAGAGAUUUUGAAAAGUAAGUGAUUAUUUCCCUUAAAAUAAGUUGUUCCAAACAUUCUAUAGGAUGACAUGCAAGUGCAGAAAUAAUAAGCUAAGUCAGUUAAGAAUUGCCAACUGCAUAAGCUGAGAAUGAUGGUUAAUCUCUUGGAGUGCCUCCUGCAAAAGGAUAGUUUUUGACCGGCAGAUGAAAUCACUAAAUGGAAAGUAUAAGGUGCAUAGAUUUUUUAAAUGCAUCGGAUUUUGUUGAGUUUAGUGAAUUUGCUUCCUUAGUGGACAAACAAGUUUUAUCUUUUAGAUCUGUAUCACCAAGCACAUGGAGGAUAUACAUUAUAUUACACCAGGAAUAUUGUAAGUUACCAGAAACUGAAUGUACAUGGAUUAAGCUUUGACCUUAUCUGCCUUUAUGAAUGUUGAAAGAGAAAAGAAUAGAACAGACAUUAGUAACAGAAAAAAUAGCGAUAUUGUUGCAUUUGUUCUUUGGUAUCUUCUCUUCUUUGCUGCAGUUGGUUCAAGUAUGCUAGCUAAACUAUGGUGUAACCCUUGCCUCUAAACUCCUUUUGCGAAAUAUUGAAGAAAAUCAGAACAAAACGGUAAUGACCAGAACCAAUGCCCUGGAUAAGGUUUUAAAAUAUUGAUGUAGCUUUAACGCUGCACCAGGAUUUGUCUAAACAAAGUCAUUGUAAUAUAAUCAGUGCGAUCCCUCCAUAUCUGAUAAUUUAUUUGAUAGAAAUAAGCACUAUUGAGCUUUACACAAAAUUCUUUAAAAAGAAGUAAAAUCGUAAAUCGAAUAGUAAAAUUUUACAAAAACCAUAUAUAUUUGCAUAUAAAUUUAUAUUAUGCAUAUAAAAUAGCAGUAAGGCACAUAUAUAUGCAUAUAUACAUCACCACUGUUUUCACGAGCAUUUUGGAGAACAAAACUAUGAGGCACACUUGAAGAGUCAGCUGCAAUGGAGUUGUCAGUUGUAGUGUUCUGACCAACAACCGUAUUUGAAACAAUUUUUAGACUCGAACAAGAUAUAAAAAAAACAGAGCAAGAUGAGAACAUAGCACAAUUGGAGGGGAGGAAACCAUGAAAAGAUAACGUAUUUAGCUGCAAACCAAGUCCCACACAUUGGUCACUAAUGUCGUCAACAUUUUGAGGAAGAAAGAAAAGGAGGAGGCGCUUUGGAGGAAAAAUAUAAGUCAAGUCAUUCAAAAUUAGGCUUAUAUAGCAGGUUAUGAAUGAAUUGCAAUUUGUUAAGGAUAGGAUACUCUUUGUUUUGCUGGUAUUAGCAUUAAAUUCAUUGAUUUUAUAUAUAAUUGCAUUUCUUCGUCUUCAAUCAAUGGGAAUGGGAAUGGUAGCCAUUCUAAGUUUUUUCCUUAUCUCUUCGUAUUGUAUAUUGAAAGGCUUAGUUACUGUAUUAGAGAUGAGGUUGAUUUUAGUGGCAAGGGUGCCUUUCUCUUUUGAAUUGCAUUGUACUAAAAUAUCUCAUUUCUUUUUCUUUUUUUUCUUUUUAAUGAUAUUCUAUUAAUAUU